AUGUAUCAACCCAGCAGGGGGGCGGCCCGGCGCCUGGGCCCGUGCCUCCGCGCCUACCAGGCUGGGCCCCAGGACCAGCUUUCUCCACGGGCUCUGCCAUUCCCACCCCUGUGGCCCCACUCCACGACUUGCACUUCUCCCCCUUCUCUUCAGUGGUCUCCCACACUCUCAUGGCCGCCUGCUGGGCUGCUUCCCCGAGCUCCCCCGCUACCUCUCCCUCAGGUCCACGCCCUCAGCUCACCCUGGGCCAGUCUCCCUCCAGGAAAGGGGGAGGAGGGACCAGGCCCUGAGUUGCAUAGUGGCUGUCUGGAUGGGCUUAGGAGCCUACUUGAGGGACCUUCCUGCCCCCACCUUGGGGCUGUGCUGUCUUUCCAAGCCCCUGUGACUGCCCGCCCUUCCCCUGCCACUCCAUCAGGAGACCCCAGUAUGGAGGAGCACCUGGCUGUCAUGUAUGAGAGACUGAGACAAGAGCUUCCCACUCUCUUCCUUCACUCCCAUGACUACACCCUCUACUCCUCGGACGUGGAGUUCAUCAACGAGAUCCUGCGCAUACGCACCAAGGGCCUGACGUGGUAUAUCCUGUCACUGACCCUCUGCCGCUUCCUGGCCUGGAACUAUUUUGCACAAGUUCAGUUGGAGGUGCUGCAGUUGACCCGCCACCCCGAGAACUGGACCCUGCAAGCCCGCUGGCGGCUGGUGGGGCUGCCCAUCCACAUGCUCUUUCUGCGUUUCUACAAGCGCGACAAGGAAGAGCUCUACCGGACCUACGAUGCCUAUUCUACUUUCUACCUGAAUUCCAGCGGCCUCAUUUAUCGCCACCGCCUAGACAAACUGAUGCCCUCACACUCACCCCCAAUGCCUGUGAAGAAGCUGCUGGUGGGAGCCCUGGUGAUGCUGGGGCUGUCAGAGCCAGAAGCCAACUUACACCUGUGA